CUGAAUAUGCUCCCGUGUUCAGCAGGAGCAGCCUGGAUGCUGACUGAUCCCCACCCACCACCACCACCUCCUGAAAAGUGGCUUCCCGUUCUAAUUUUCAUAAAACUUGAACUUCUGGGCCCAAUCUACAGAUUUCAUUACAGAGAACAUGCGAAGACUUCCCAGAUUGUGUAAACCCAUCUGUCUGCUCCAUCUAUUAUGCAUUUAUUGUUUUGGAGCAGCUGCAUAAUAACAGUUUUAACAUCAGAGACAUUUUCAAGAUGGAUUACCUGAUUUCAACGCUGUAGGUUCCAUCUGCAUACAUUACACUUUCUCCUCGGUGUUUAUGCGUGUCUCUUGUUGUUUUAUUUUUCCUUGAUGCACUGCCAAUGUAAUGGCUCAUUUAGAGGAGGCAUCAUCAUUCAAAUUAUAUUUUGACAAGACUGACUUAAUACGGCCAUUAUUCUAAUGGCUUAUCUGAGAAGGCCCUGAUGUCCCUUUUUUCUCCCGUGGCAGACAAAGACCGGUGUGUUUCAGUCGGCCUUUUCUGCACAGGACAGUGUGGAGUCUCAGGGUAGCUGUGGAGCCGAUGGUUCCCGUGCUGGACAUGAUGACCCCGGAUCCACUGACGCAGAACUGCUCCAACUGCAGCCACGCUUUAGUCCCGGAGCUCAACGUGGUGAAAGCCGUGACGCUGGGCCUGGUGCUCGGCGUCUUCAUCGUGUUUGGAAUCGUGGGAAACAUCCUGGUGAUCCUCUCGGUGGUUUGUCACCGACACCUGCGCACAGUCACGCACUAUUUCAUCGUUAACCUGGCCGUGGCGGACUUGAUGCUGAGCUCCACGGUGCUGCCCUUCUCUGCCAUUUUGGAGAUCCUGGACCGCUGGGUGUUUGGACGUGUGUUUUGUAAUGUUUGGGCAGCUGUGGACGUGCUCUGCUGCACGGCCUCCAUCAUGAGCCUCUGUGUGAUCUCCGUCGACCGCUACAUCGGAGUCAGCUACCCUCUGCGAUACCCGGCGAUCAUGACCAAGCGGCGAGCUCUCUUUGCCGUGAUGCUGCUGUGGGUGCUGUCCAUCAUCAUUUCCAUCGGACCCCUCUUCGGCUGGAAAGAGCCGGCGCCGGAGGACGAGUCCAUCUGUAAGAUCACGGAGGAGCCGGGCUACGCCAUCUUCUCCGCCGUGGGCUCCUUCUAUCUCCCCCUGGCCAUCAUACUGGUCAUGUACUGCCGGGUUUACGUGGUGGCUCACAGAGAGAGCCAGGGUCUCAGAGAGGGCCACAAGACGGAGAAGUCGGACUCGGAGCGGGUGAUACUCAGGAUACACCGGGGAAACACCACCGUGUCGGACGACGAGGCCCUCCGCAGCCGAACGCACUUCGCCCUGCGGCUGCUCAAGUUCUCGCGGGAGAAGAAGGCCGCUAAGACCCUGGGCAUCGUGGUCGGCUGCUUCGUCCUGUGCUGGCUGCCGUUUUUCCUGGUGCUUCCCAUUGGUUCCAUGUUCCCCGCAUACAGACCCUCAGACACCGUCUUCAAGAUCUCCUUCUGGCUGGGUUACUUCAACAGCUGCAUCAACCCCAUCAUCUACCCCUGCUCCAACCAGGAGUUCAAGAAGGCCUUCCAGAGCCUGCUUGGAGUUCACUGUUUGACGACGACUCCCAGACUCCACCACCACCACCUGGGCGCGGGUCAGAGUCAGACGCACGGCCAGAGCCAGGCCCUCACCCUGGGCCUGGACAGCCGGGGGCCUCCCUGCCGCCUCAGCCCCUCCUCCUCCGUGGCCCUGUCCAGGACUCCCUCCUCCAGGGACAGCAGGGAGUGGAAGGUCUUCUCCGGAGGCCCCGCGGAUGGAUCUGGACCGGCCCAGACGGGGAGGGCUAAAGUGGCCAAGCUUUGUAGUAAAAGCUUCAGCCGGACCUGUUGCUGCAUCCUGGGUGGAGGGACGGAAGCCGAGGAGUCAAACUGCGCGCAGCCGCCUCCCGUCGGGAACCUUCCCACUAUCAAAAUCCACCAGAUGUCCCUGUCGGAAAAAGGAGAGGCUGUAUAACCGCUGUAAUCCUCCAUCCAUUAGUUACGACUCCUUUUUUUCAAGGUCACAGAUGAGAAUAUGGCUCUUUUAUCUGGGAUCGUAUCACAAGCACUGUGUUGGAGAUGUGGCUGCUUUAA